CGCCAACAUUUCCCUGUUUGAACUCGCGCCUUUUUCGGGAUUAUUCUUUUUCGCGAUCCCCCGAGAUCUCCCCCCGCUCGGGAGCGAUCUACCGAUCGAUCGACUGGCCAUGGCUCCCUCGGAAACCGUAUCGGCGACCCAGGAGAAGCCUAUCUCCACGAUCGUAAUCAUCAUCGCUAUGCAGACGGAAGCGCUGCCUCUUGUGAACAGUCUUCAGCUUGUGGAAGAUAAGAACCCUGUGUUUCCACAAGGAGUUCCAUGGGUUAGAUAUGUUGGUUCUUAUAAGGAUCUGCAAAUAAAUUUAAUUUGGCCAGGGAAAGACAGUCUUUUUGGGGUUGAUAGCGUUGGUACAGUUUCUGCCUCUCUAGUGACAUACGCAUCUUUCCAGGCCUUGAAUCCUGACCUCAUCAUCAAUGCAGGCACUGCUGGUGGCUUUAAAGCCAAAGGAGCAAAUAUUGGGGAUGUCUUUAUUGCUACUGAUGUGGCAUUCCAUGAUAGGAGGAUUCCUAUUCCUGUUUUCGACCAAUACGGGAUUGGAGCACGUAAAACAUUUUCUACCCCAAAUCUUUUAAAGGAGUUUGACCUGAAGUCUGGCAAGUUGUCAACCGGGGAUUCAUUGGACAUGUCAACAUACGAUGAAGCGGCAAUUCUUGCCAACGAUGCUACGAUCAAAGAUAUGGAGGGUGCUGCUGUUGCAUAUGUAGCCGAUCUUUUUUCAGUUCCUUGUAUUUUUUUGAAAGCCGUAACGGACAUCGUCGAUGGGGAUAAGCCAACACCAGAGGAAUUCCUGCAAAACUUGGUUGCCGUAACGGCAGCGCUGGACCGAACGGUCAUCAAGGUUGUGGACUUUAUAAGCGGAAAGUGCCUAUCUGAGCUCUGAAUGUGCAUCUGUAUUUCCGGCCGCCCUCCUUCAAGAUCCUGCUAUGCUCGACAACAGCACACGUCGAUGCGCGCCACGGACGGCGAUCGAAACUCAUCGGUUCCUUCACCAACGCAUUCUCCUGUCUCUCUUGGCUGUGAUCUUGUUGAUUUCUGUUCACUUGCCUUGUCGGAAGGCUGCCAUAGAUUCACCUCCCUUGCUUCACAAUGUUUCUAUUAUUAUGUAACUGCAGGCCUUUGAUUUUUAUCCCAGCCUGCCCACGUUUUCUUUUUCUUUUUCAAAUGUGGAAAGGACGAUGUUUUUAACUUUCCAUAGGUGGACAUCAAGGGGUAAGGAACAAAGCUGUUUCUUCCCCUCCCGACA